CGCCAACAGAGCGGCCCAGCAGCGCCCAACAAGCGUCCAGCGAUCGGCGUCAGUGCACCACCAGGCGGCACCCACCCACGGUGCCCACCAGGUGCCCAGAGCGCCACCAGCAGCGCGACAGCGCCGGACACGUGGUCACCAGCCACACAACGGCGCCACCAGGAGCGCGCAAACGAGCGGCCCGCACGCCCCCGCAGCGUUCAGCGCCAUCGGGCGGCGCCAUUUGCACCACCAGCAGCACCCACCGAGUGCCUACCGAGUGCCCACCGAGCGCCACCAGUAGCGCCCACAGCAGCGCCCAUCAGCAGCGCCCAGCAGCGCCCUCAGCAGCGCCAACCGCGCCGGAUACGUGGUCACUAGCCACGCUACGAGCGCCACCAGGAGCGCCUAACGAUCAGCGCCGCCGCUCACCAGCCGCACUCACCGAGCGCCAACGAAGAGCGCUAGCCGCAACCACAUCGGUCAGCCAGUGCCGCACGUCAGCAGCACCUGCCGUGCGCCCAGCGCCCAGUCACGCCACUAGGAGCGCUCACCAAGUGAUCCCCAGCAGAGCCAUCGGCAGCGCCACCGCGCGUAUGCCCAGUGUCUCGGGAAAGAAAACGUCAGAGGACGCAGAAUCAAAGCCAGAUCCGGCAGCUGCCGGACUGGAAGAGGACAGGUUUUCACCGCAUCCGGGGUGA